AUGCCUCCGCCAACUACCCAAGAUCGGCCCACCAACCGGGCUAUUCCGCUGGUUCCCUAUGUGCCCUCCCCAAAGCGCGACGCUGACGACCGAAACCACAAGGAGGAAGACAAGGAAGAAUGUUACUUGAACAAGAUUGGAGAGCCCCGGGAGAUAUUGACUGCUUCUCAGGCAAACACAAAGCAAGGAAUGGAGGCGGCUUCAACUUCUGUAGACAGCUCGACAGAGGAUGCUACCCUCCAAGGUACCGCAGAAUCUCCGUUUGAAAAGCAAGCUGCGUACCUUCGCACUCAGAAGUCCCAGAACAAUGAUACGACAAAACAAAACAAACAUUUCGAAGCUGAAAAUAUCCAGUCGAAAGGUGUAAACGUUGAAGGUCAGGGAAAGGAGCAACGCAAGGGACAAUCUACGAUCUUGCACCUUGUUAGAUCUGCAGAAAGAUGCAAGGAGAUUGAAGCCUUUGCAGCCAAUAAGCUUGUCGAAGAUCGUAAGGCUGGCCGUACCAAGCUGGUGUUCAAGGAUUCCCUAUUGACUGACAAGUUGGACAACGCUUUAGAAGACAGCCAGCGCAUCUUCCGUCAACACAACGACUUUAUGAAGGCAACCGAUUUUAGUAAUGGUUCUGGUCAGGCUAAAUCUUCCACUGAUGUAGCUGAAAACGAGAAAGGAGCAAGUGCCGACAACUUGACCACCAAGCCUACGACCCAGUCCUCGAAUAUCUCACAUGCUGACGAAUCCAUCCCUCCUAACUUUUGGUACCAUUCACCUUCCAAGACGCAUAUCCCCAAAGCUUCAACAGAUCUCCAGGAGUGGAAGGCCAUUAGAAAUAGAGCCGUCGUGACUGUCAACACGCACCAUGAACCAUCUUACAUGGUCGACUACUACACCUGUAAGCUGUUGCAGCAGUCGCUCGCACGCAGAGCUUCGCAGGUUGGUGCUACCAAGGCAGCGGAUGGAAAGGUCAAAUAUGAUGCACUGAAUUUUCAUCGAAAUAGGAAGACUGUCACUUCAACUUAUCAUCAAGGCUCAGCCAAAGAGACAAAUAAUGGUGACCCAGAAAUCAUGGAACAGUCCACCAUAUUCUCAAGACCUGUCGUCUUAGGGGCCAAUAAGAAGACCAUGUAUGCUGCCUCUUCGAACCAACACGCUUCAGAGUUCAAAACAGUCGCCCUUGUUGGAACUAGGGUUUGGGAUACCGACUUUGAGCUUCACAACAAGUCGAGUCCUGAAGCCAGUAUUGAUAAGCUUGUUGUCAAGUCUCAACCAGUUGACCGGGAAUCCAAUUAUUACCUUAGAACAAUCGAUGAUACCAAGGCUAGAAAGAAAUACGUCUCUACUGGGUUGCCCUCAAGACUCGCAGGUUCCCCUUCAGUUCGGAGCAAGCCUACUCUUAGUAGUAAUCCCUCGCCUUCGACCAGUGAUUACAUCCCAAGUGCGUACUACGACUCAGCCAACUUCGCUCCACAUACUCCUAGAGCCAGAGAAGCCAAGAAGGACCUUGAGACUGCAGAAACUCGUGUUCAGAAGGAGAAUUUGGUCAACGAGAACGCUUCUCCAAUCAAUAGCACAGGCUCUACCCAAGGCCCUUCAAAUAAGACCACCGCCUUCACAGGAGAGAACUUCAAGUUACCCUAUUACAGCGGUUUCAUGCCCCAAGAUCUCGGCAAGCCUCUUAUGACGAACGCUAUGAAGAAGCAAGACGCCAUCGCCGCUUCCCUUCCGCGUCCAGUCCAUUGGACCUCCCACGAACCACCCAGAGUCAUAGAGAAGGACUUGAGCUUUGAUUUGCUUGGAGAGCGUACCAAUGGGUUUGCUCCUUACAUUCGCGGUACUGCGGAUACUGCUGCGUCAUCUACACCAAAGACCCCUGCACCAAAGACAAAAGCCAAGGAAGAUUGGCCCGCAUCCUUUCGCGCCUACAUCGCUCGGUCAUUCGAGAAGUCAAAUCAAGUCGAUGGUGUCCCGCGCUCUGAAAUCGAAGCCCAUGUCAAGGAGAUCGUGCGUGCUGCCUUCGCUCAGAAGAAGGUCUUCAGCACCGAUUGGGAUGCCAUGGCUCUUCCGCAACAGUUAAUAAUUGACGCCAAGGCUACUGCUGAGAUUUUGAAUGAUAUGGAAAAGACUUUUGAAUCGGUUAUUAUCAAGGGCAAGGAUAUUGAUCAUACAGAUGCGUCUUUGGCUCUCGAAAAGAGAGAUGGUAAGGGUUCCGACAAGGAAGUCGUCACUUCACGUAGCGGUUCCAUGCACCUUCCACGUUCUAUCCGUGUCACGGCCGGUUCCACCACCAACAGUAAUGUCCGUCGUGUCAAGAAGGAGUCAAGACGUAUGAUUGCCCGUGAAGUCGAGGAUGAGUGGGUUGAUCUUGCGCCUAAUGUAGCUGCGGCUGAACUUAUGGCUGCUAAUCGUGCUAAGACUGCCAUCAAGAAGUCAGAGGCUGAGAAGGACGAGGGUGAGGGUGAGGAUUGGCAGGAUCUUGGUGAGGAGGAGUAUGAUUUCUGCGCCUAG